CAAAAGCACCAACUUUUCUUAACACACGAGUGAAAUCCAUCAAUAUCAUCUCCCUCAAUUCAUUAUAUGAACAGUUAAUUUCACAAACUCUCUCUCCAUCUCUCUCACUCUCUGCUCCAGGAUUCCUUUAUCCCUCCCACAGGCAGGCAUAGCUUUGUUGAAAUUCAUAGAGCAUGAAAAGAUUGUAGACCCCCCACUCUCUUCACCACUGAGAAAAGUUGCAGAUCAAGAAUUUCAUAUAUAUUAUCUCCAAUCUUGUUAGCUUUGAGCAGAAUCUUAUAAUGAUGGAAAGGCAUCAACAACAAAAGUUUGAAGAAAACGAUGUGGAAAAGAGAACUGAAGGAUCCAAGCUAGAAAAGGAAGAGAGUAAAGAAGGCCAGAGUGGAAAGCAAGCACAAGCAUCAUCAACAUCCUCUUCCCCAGCUCAUGACUUCUCCUUCACAAUCUCUCUGCAUAACACUUCCUCAGCCACAACCCCUGAUAAAUCCAAACCUCCACCUUCAUUUGCUGUUGAUCUAUCUCCUGCAGAUGACAUCUUUUUCCAUGGCCACUUGCUUCCUCUUCACCUUCUCUCUCACCUCCCUGUUUCUCCUCGCUCUUCCACCACUUCCAUGGACAGCAUCAGCCUCCCUGUUAGGGACUAUGGAAGCAUCACUAGCAGUAAUAAGAGCAACUUCGCCAUGGACGACAUCAGCAAGAACAACAGCGGUAGUAAUAGUAGCAGUAAUAGCAGCCAAGAAAGCAGGAGGAAUAGUGGGUCCAGAAAGGGAGCAAGCAAGGCCAAGUCUUUCUCAAUCUUCGGAUUUACAAGAGGGCGUAAAGAGUUUCAGGUUACAGAGAAAGACGAUAAAGAGAAGCACAAGAGGAAGGUGAGGUUGGAUUUGGUCCAUGUUGUGAAGAAAUACUUGAGAAUGGUGCAGCCACUUGUGAUUUUCCGAGGGAGAAGAGAGAAAAUUAGACAAUCUUGUUCAUAUUCAGGUAAUCUAAGUGCCAUAAAGAAGCGAGAUGUGGUCAAAGGAAGAAGAGGAGAGUAUUCAGCGCCGGCUUCAAUGAGGACUUCGCCUACAAAUAGUGGCCUAUUGCUUCCAACCUCAACAUUCCCUCCUCCAAGUGAUAGUACCAUGGAAGACCUCCAGGCCGCCAUUCAAGCUGCAAUUGCCCACUGCAAAAACUCAAUUGCGAAAGAUGAUAAAAUCAAAUGCUGAUUCAAGGGUAGAUUCAAAUGGAAAGUUUUUGCAUAUGCUUUUCCUAUUCAUUAAUAAUUAUAUGUUGUUCCCUUAUUUGAUAUUUUGUGCAUAUUUAGAUACAUAAAUGAUAAUGUACUUCUAUCCAGAUCCAACAUGGAAGCACCACUGUAAUUGUUACAUCAUCUCAAUUCUCUAUCUCGGAGGAUUUUAUUACCUUCAGUUCAAACAA